AUGAGGCAUCUUCUUUCUUGCUCUCCUCUCAAAAACUUGCACGAUCGAUCCUCUGCUCUGGGUGCUCCUGUAACUCCUAUUAUGUCCCUCCAUCGUCUUCUUUCCAUUCACCUUAGCCCCGUUUUUCUCCAACUCUUGUACUUCAUAAUCAUGUCUCUCUUGGGUUUCCUUGGUCUCAAGAUCUCAAAGCCCAGAAUCCCUGUUCCCCCCAACGCCUUUGAUCUCUUUUUUACCUCUGUAUCUGCGUCCACCGUCUCCAGCUUGUCCGUCGUAGAAAUGGAGGCUUUCUCCAAUUCCCAGCUCAUUCUCAUCAUCUUCCUCAUGUUCCUUGGCGGUGAGGUUUUCAUCUCCAUGCUCGGCCUUCUAUUUUCUUCCUUCAUUCUCUCUCGGAAACAGAGCCUUAAGGACGGACCAAAUCCUCUUCAGCUCAAACAGCGCCCUCCAAUUCCGAGUGCCAAUCAAAUCGAGAUUCGUUUAGUUUCUAUACACAAGCAGAAUGAUGUUAGUUCUGGUGAUCACAGCGAUGCUAAUAUUGUUCAAAAUGAUAAGACGAACAGGCUGAAGCAUAACUCUAUAAAGUGUCUUGGGUUCGUGAUCUUGGGUUACCUUGCGGUACUCCACAUGGUUGGUUCUGGUUUGGUCUCAUCCUACAUAAGUAUCAUCCCAAGUGCAAGAAAGGUGCUAAGAAACAAAGGGAUCAACAUACACACAUUCUCUGUGUUCACCAUAGUGUCCACUUUUGCCAGUUGUGGUUUUGUGCCCACAAACGAAAACAUGUUUGUGUUCAGGCAUAACCCAGGUUUGCUGUUACUUAUUUUGCCAUUUGUUUUCCUCGGGAGCACCUUAUACCCACCAUUCUUGAGGCUUGUGAUUUGGAUUCUGGAGAGAGUGACAAAAAGAGAAGAGUUUUCUUACAUUCAGAGGAAUUAUGAGGUGCUGGGCUAUGACCACAUGCUGUCCGGUGUUCAUUGCUUGUGCCUCGCAGCUACGGUUUUGGGGCUGAAUCUGACGCAAUUCGUGUUGUUCUGCUGCAUGGAGUGGAAAUCGGAGAACAUGGAGGGCCUAAAUAGCAUUCAGAAAUUAAUUUCGUCCUUGUUCCAGAUUUCAAAUGUCAGACAUGCUGGUGAAUCUGUUGUUGAUCUUUCUACGCUCUCUUCGGCUACCUUGGUGCUCUUCGUUGUCAUGAUGUAUCUGCCACCAUACACGACAUUUCUACCCACGAGGGAUCCCGAAAAUGAUAGGCAGAAAGAAAAAAUAAGCCUAAGGGAAUGUCUUAUGUCGUCUCAACUAUCUUAUUUGGUGAUGUUUAUUAUACUGAUUUGCAUCACGGAGAGCAGAAGCUUAAGAGAAGAUCCCCUCAACUUUAAUGUGUUUAACAUCGCCCUUGAAGUAAUGAGCGCGUACGGGAACGUGGGGUUCUCAAUGGGAUAUAGCUGCAAAUUGAGAUUGAAAGCAGACGGGAACUGUAGAGAUAAAUGGUUUGGAUUUGCAGGAAGAUGGAGUAGCAAAGGAAAGCUGAUCCUUAUAGUCGUCAUGGUGUUUGGAAGAGUCAAGAAAUUCAACAUAAAUGGUGGCAAACCUUGGCUUCUCUCCUAGCUAAUCGAACCCACACAAUCAUAUAAGAGAGAUG